CGCACCUUGAAUACUGUGCUCAGUUCUGGGCCCCUCGCUACAAGAAGGAUGUUGAGGCUCUGGAGCGUGUCCAGAGAAGAGCAACGAAGCAGACCUGAAUAAUGGAGAGAAGGCAAAUGUCAUCACUCAGGCGUACAAGAAAAUAACAAGCCGGCUAUGUUAAAGCACUUCUGGAGCUGAGCCAUCUAACAAACAUGGGAAACACUCCGAGAGAUAAAAUACUCCACAAAGCAUGCUGAGACAAAGUGUUCGGUAGACGGGGGAUUUUUCGGAGUUUUGUAAGGAAACAAACAGAUUCCAGAGGUGUGUUCCAGCUCAGCCAAUCCCAAGGCUGUUGUGCAGCUCUGCCACCUCUCCAAGACCAAUCACAGCUCUGAUGGGAAACUCGUUUUGCUGUUUGUCUCGGUGUGCUGAUGAUGAAUGGCUGCUUCAGGGGAAGAGAUCAAGCCCUGUGGCUGUGAGUUCUGAAUCAAAGAACGGUUUCAUAGGAAGCUUUCUUCAGCCACCAGAUAAGAUGCUUCCUGCAGCCUUUGCUUCUAUAGAAUCAAAGAAGUUGGCAGCUGUUGGUGGUGACAGGCUUUCUCUCCUCAAUAACCAAGCCGUGAAAACUCUUCAAGAAAAGAUCCGCUGUCUAGAGUUGGAGAAAUCACAGGCUGAAGAUAAUCUGUGCUGCCUCUCCAUAGCAGCUGCUCAGUAUAAGAAGACCUUAGAGCAUGAAUCCUGCAAGAAGGACAUAGCACACCAAGAGCUGAUGCAACAGAGGAAAGAUGUAAAUGUACAGUUAAAUGAGGCACAAUCUCGCUGCUCCCUGCUGGACAAACAGCUGGAUUACAUGAGAAAAAUGAUUUCCAGUGCAGAAUUGGAAAAGAAAAUGGUUUUAGGACAACAGGCCCAGCUUCAGAAAGAGGAAGAUCAGAACCAGUUAGAACUGCAUGCAAAACUUGAAAAGCUUGAAAUGUUAGAAAAAAUGUGUCUUAAACUUGGUGCUACUCAGCGAAUUAUAGAAGACAAGAUCAAACACUUGGAAGAAAAGCUGUGUAAAGAAGAGCAUCAGCAAAUGCUAAUACAAGACAAAACUGCUCAGCUUCAAACAAGAUUUGAGAUAAACAGAAUUUUGAUGUCUUCAGUAACAUCUGAAAAUAAACCUAAAAAGGAAAAUGGGAAGAAGAAAACUAAGAAGAAAAAUACCACAAUGAAGAAAAUGGACCCUUCACAGUUGCAUGUAAAGGCUGGUGAACUACCUUUUGUGGCAGGGAAGUCUGUCAGUUCCAGCCAUUCUGUUAGAGCAAACGUACAAAGUGUGUUGCAUAUUAUGAAGCAUUGCAAUCCACGUAUCUCAUCACGAAGCCAAGGAGGAGCUACAUCUGGGAUUUCAGGAUGCAGUGCACUUUCAGAAUCUGUAUUCUCUUGUUCCACACCACCUACUGCCACCAGAAAUCUUUCAGACCUACAAGAUGAGCUGGGCCAAAUGAGCUUUAAGCAUCAUGAACUUCUGAAGAAGAUACAGGAAACUCAAGACUCCAAAGUUUGUGAAGACCUAGAACGGGAGCUAGAUUGUCUUGUAAAACAAAUUGAGAUUAAAGGAGAGCAAAUAUCCAAGCUGAAAAAUCAUCAGGCUACAAUGCAGAAAUUAAAGAGAAAAACUCAGAAACUGAAGCCUGGGGCAGCUCAUAUCAAACUAAAGCAUGGUGACCAAAAGGAAGCAAAGGAGAUUGCAGUCCCUAUAAGGGAAAGAAUGUCUAAAUCUUGUCCUGGGCAGAGAAGCAGAAACUCUCUUCAGCUGCUAAAAAAUGUGCAGAAACUUCAAUCAACAUUGAAAAAACUAUUGUGGGAACAAUAG